AUGGAUCCGUCGUCUUGCCCAUUCUGUCAUUUGGAAGUUCCAUCCUCAGAACUUGAGUGGCAUGCCAACAGUCACUUUGAGGUCGAGGAUGAAGAUGAACAACUAGCAAGGGACUUGGAAUUUGCCCAACAACUUGCUCUUGCCCCUUCUUCACCUCCAUCAUCAUCCAUGAAUAGUCAAGCAAUCAGUGACUUGCCAAUUUCUAGAUGUGAUGCACAAAUUAGCAUGGAGGAAAAAGUCUCUUGCUUGAUUGCUUUACAGACUAGGACCACUUUCUACGAAAUUGAACAUGGCUUGAUGGCCUUGAUGAAAGACUGUUUGGAGUCAGAACGUGGAAAUACAACCAGUAUUGUGUCCGGUUAUAUUGAUCAUUUUCAGAGCAUUCCAUCUGAGGACGUUGGGUGGGGUUGUGGGUGGCGUAACAUCCAAAUGCUUAGCUCCCACUUGCUUAUGCAAAGGCACGAAGCUCGGGAGGUUUUAUUUGGUGGUUCGGGAUUUGUUCCUGAUAUUCCAUCUCUCCAAAGAUGGCUUGAGAUUGCUUGGGAAAAGGGAUUUGAUGAACUUGGCUCUGAUCAUUUUGCUAAUAAUAUUUAUGGCUCAAAAAAAUGGAUUGGAACUACUGAAUGUGCUGCCCUUUUCCGUUCUUUUGGGCUUCGAGCAAGAGUAGUAGAUUUUGGUCCCAAGGAACUUGAAUCAUUUUAUCCUUUGCUUCCUGGUUCAAGUCUUGGGAAAGAAGUAAAGAGAAUACAUAAUGGCGGAAAGAGGAAAGCAAUUCAGGUUUGUGGCCCGAUGGAUGGGUAUCUUUUGGCAAGGAAUCAUGAUGUUUCCCAAGCAAGUUCCAGUGGGGAUGAAAAGUCUGGAUGUUCUAGUAUCCCUCUUGGUGACUCGUUGUGUAGCAAAAGUAAUGAGAAUUUGGGAAAUAAGUUUACAAGGAAUAGCAAGGGUCAUCAGGUUCUCAUUGAUUGGAUCUGGAACUACUUUUCUGAUAAAAAUUUUACCAAAUCUGGCAAUCGUCAGGUUGUUGUCAGUGACAAAACACCCUUGUACCUCCAACACGAUGGACAUUCGAGAACGGUUGUUGGGAUUCAAGUCAAACAUCAACAUAAUGGGAUGCAGCAGCACAAUCUCUUAAUAUUGGACCCUGGCCAUAGAACAGCAGAUCUGGAAAGGUCGCUGAAACAGAAGGUCGGAUGGCAGAAGUUCAUCAAAAGAGGGGUUCACACACUGAAAAAGCCACAGUACCAGUUGUGUUAUAUUGAUACUGGAAUAGCAAAUCAGGAGGAAGUGGAGUUACUCAAGACAAUAGAAAGUUGGAUUUCAUUUGUGCAAGAUGGCCAGAGAGUCAGGGAUUCAGAUCUUCUUACUCUUCAGAUGCUAGGAUGCUGUGAUGUUUUACAAGCUCUUAAUCUAGGCUAUCUUGGUUAUCAUGAUGAUCAAUUUGAGUUGCUUUUUAGCUGCCUGGAAGAUUUGGCAGGAGACACAGCAUGA